CUGUCUAGGAUGUUAUGAUAAAUUAAUGUUUGAUUGUGUUUUCUUCUGUUCUAAGUGUGGACUUCCACUUUGCAGUGAUUCAUGUCCGAAGCUGAUCAAUCAUAGACCUGAAUGUGAGAUGUUAUCUCCUGCAAGAGAUAUUAUUAUUCUAAACUCUGAGAUAGAUCUCCAACAGGUUUAUUAUUUUGUAACAGUGCUUAGGGCGCUCUGGCUUCGAGAGAAUAAUAAUAAGCAAUGGGAAGCAGUUAAGCUGUUAAUGAGUAACCUGGAGAAAAGAAGAGGCACGAAAAUAUUUGAUUUUAAUCAGACCUACGUGGUAGAGACAUUACAGCAUUUUGGAAUACGAGACUUUACAGAAGAUCAGAUACAGGAAAUUUGUGGAAUAUUUGAUUCAAAUGCUUACGAGAGUUCUGGACCUUCAAGAGUCUCCUGCAGAGGACUGUACUUAAUAGCGAGCAUGAUGAAUUCUUCCUGCCUACCCAACACUAGACAUUUUUUCAGAGAUUCUGGUGAGAUGGUUCUGGUGUGUACGAGACCUGUUUAUCAAGGAGCAGAAAUUCUAGGUUGCUACACCCAACCACGCUGGGCCACAACUCCUCGUCAGAAACAUCUACUCACAACUAAAUUUUUUAGGUGUAAGUGUGCUAGAUGUGAGGACCCAGAGGAGUGCGGUACAUAUUCAGGAGCUCUACUCUGCCCAACACCGGAUUGCAGGAACCCUGUAUGCCCCCGAUAUCCCGGAGAAGCAAACCAGGACUGGAUCUGUAUAAAGUGUAAAACACAUGUUCCCUCGAGAAAGUGUUUGACCAGUCUAGCUGUGGGUACCCAGCUAGUUCAUACCAGAGAUAGAUCUGACCAGAAACAACUUAUCCAACUUAUUCAAAAGUUAGAAGGGUGGCUGUAUCCUACCCACUACACUGUAUCAGAGUUAAAGAUGGCUUGUAUCACGGAGUGGGGAGAUCCAAAUUUUGUUCCUUUUAAAGAUGUUGAUGAGAUUGAACUAAAACUUAAAAUCAAGUUUUCUGUUGAGAUGAUGAAAUCUGUAGAAAUAAUAGAGGGAGAACAAUCUAGGAGUAAGGGAUUUAUUAUCUACAAUUUACUAAAAACAUUAGAUCACUGUAAAACAAUGGAGAUAGCAGUUGACAAGGAUAUUCUGAAACUAGUUCCUCAGCUUACAAGAGAAAUUAAGAUUAUAUUCAAGGACGACUGUGGAUCUCCAGUAGAUUAUUGCAGUUUUAUUCAUUAAACUUAUUAUUCAGCAACAUUUUUACUCUAGGGUUCAUUUCAAGUACCUCACUCGUUUUAAAGGGACUGUCAGCGUAAUUUUCAAGGGAAAUGCCCGAUUUACAACUUGAAAUUACACUUACAGUCUCUUCAAAGAAGCUCUGUCAAGUUGUAUAGUAUACAUAAAGACUGUAGACGGCUUAAACGGUACAUUACAUCAAAUGAAUCAUUUCCUUCUUGUGAGAUUAUAGUGCUAGGUAAAGUAAAAAAAAAUGUAAACAACACUUUUUUUGUAUUUUGAUAAUAAUGUGAUAAAUAACAUAAAUUAUAAGAUAUUCAAAUUGUGAUUCUAAGAAUAAGUAAGCUUGUUGAAUUGAUAAACAUUAAGUUUUAA